UCCCCCGCCUCCGGAGCCGCGGCCUUCGCAGAGCACCCAACCGCCCCUCGCCCAGGCCCGGGGCCGCACGAGCACCGAACUCGGGCUGCGCCCCGCCUCAGGACACCAAGAUGCCUGGCGAACAGCAGGCAGAGGAGGAGGAGGAGGAAGAGAUGCAAGAGGAGAUGGUGCUGCUGGUGAAGGGUGAGGAGGAGGAGGGUGAGGAGAAGUAUGAGGUGGUGAAACUCAAGAUCCCUGUGGACAACAAGGAGGUUGCCAGCCAGAUGCCAGCGCCGUCGGCCGACCCUGCGCGUCCCCACGCGUGCCCAGACUGCGGCCGUGCCUUUGCGCGCCGCUCCACACUAGCCAAACAUGCGCGCACACACACGGGCGAGCGUCCCUUUGCGUGCACUGAAUGCGGCCGGUGCUUCUCGCAGAAGUCGGCGCUGACAAAGCACAGUCGCACGCAUACAGGCGAGCGACCCUACCAGUGUCCGGAAUGUGACAAGCGUUUCUCCGCCGCCUCGAACCUGAGGCAGCACCGGCGGCGUCACACGGGCGAGAAGCCGUACGCAUGCGCACACUGCGGGCGGCGCUUUGCGCAGAGCUCCAAUUACGCGCAGCAUCUGCGCGUGCACACGGGCGAGAAGCCUUACGCGUGCCCGGACUGCGGACGAGCCUUCGGCGGAAGUUCGUGCCUGGCGCGCCACCGACGCACGCACACGGGCGAGCGCCCGUACGCAUGCGCCGACUGCGGCACGCGCUUCGCUCAGAGCUCGGCGCUGGCCAAGCACCGGCGCGUGCACACGGGCGAGAAGCCGCACCGCUGCGCCGUGUGCGGCCGGCGCUUCGGCCACCGUUCCAACCUGGCGGAGCAUGCGCGCACGCAUACGGGCGAGCGGCCCUACCCGUGCACGGAGUGCGGCCGGCGCUUCCGCCUCAGCUCACAUUUCAUCCGCCAUCGUCGCACGCACAUGCGGCGCCGCCUCUACAUCUGCGCGGGCUGCGGCCGAGACUUCAAGCUACCCGCCAGUGCCACAGCCGCCACGCCCACCGAGCGCUGCCCGGAGUGCGAGGGCAGCUGAGCCACGGCGGGGCAGCGAGGGCACUUGGGACUUGCACCUGAAUUGUUCCUUCCAAGCCUGCACCUGGGUCGGGGUGCUCUGGGACUGGGAGAUAGGGAAUGCCCUACCGGGGACCCUAGAACCAUGCCUCGUCCCUAACUACAUUCCCUUGGCCCUUCUGAGUGAAUAAAGUAUUCUAUCCUCA